CACUCCCUUUUUUAACAAGAAAAACUGUGGCAGGACUGUAGGAUGAUUGUUAAUUUGGAGAUCAUAUUAUGUGGCAACAUGGGGUCAGUCUUAAGCAGAAACAAGAAAACUAAUGGUUUUAAGUUGAUGAGAUUAAUCGUUGAUGUUGGUGGAGAAGCUUUGAGAAUAACAUUGACGAAGCAACUGUCAGGUACUGAUUUAUUUAAUGUUUUAAAGAAUCCUAAAAUUUAUAAUCAGCUUUUGAUUCUAAAAAAUAAUCGCACUUUAAAGCAACAUCAAUGGGAUCUACUGUAUCCUCCUCCUCCAAUAUUACCAAAUGAAAAUAAGUUUGACAUUACUUUACUUUGUAUUCUCCUGCGUAAUAUUUGUGGCUUAAAACCACCUCGUGAUCCAAUAUGGGAAAACAUGCCUUAUGUCACUGAUUAUUCAACUGAAGCAGAUAUUACCCGUAUCAGGUUAUUUCGUAAUGGUCGUUUUGCUCACUUACCUAGCACUUCAGUAAGCUCUGAUGAAUUUGAAAAUCAUUGGCUGGAAGUAAAGGAACCAUUAGUUCGUUUAGGAAUAAGUCAGGAAGAAAUAGAUAGAUUGAAAAAUGAGUUGUUUGGUAAUGAAGAAUAUAAAAGAAUUUUGAGAGAAUGGGAUGGAUUAAAGAGCGAUUUAACUGAUGUUAAAACUGAUCAGAGAGGUAUUAAGAGAACGUUGGAAGGUGUAGAGAAAGAUUUACAACAGGUAAAAGGUAGUGUCACAGUAAUUAAAGACGAAGUACAUGAAAUACGACAUCACCCUCACUUAGGUCCAGAAGAAGAUAUUUUGACAAAAAACCUUGUUUGCUGUAACUUUGAAAGUGAAAUUAGGCAUCAUUAUGAAAAAUAUUUGCAUGGAACACGGGAAUGGGUUUUUGAUGAGUUUUUAGCUUGGUUCGAUGACGACAGUUCUCAAAAUCGUGCAUUUGUUAUUUCUGCUGUCGCUGGAAUGGGUAAGUCUGUAAUUGCAGCUAGUUUAUGUAAACGUUAUCCACAAUAUUUGACUGCAGUUCAUUUCUUUCAACACAACAACAGUCGUUACAAUAAAGCCAAUGUACUUAUUCAAUCUUUAGCGAUGCAAGUUAGUCGUAAGUUUCCUGCUUACAAGGAACUUCUUGAAAAAAAAAUUUCAGGUCAACUCUCUGAGCCUUUAAAUAAAAUGAAUGUUGAAGGAUUAUUUUCCCUUCUUUUUACUGAGUUGUUUUAUAAUCUCUCACAAGUUCCCAAGCGAAUGUUAGUUGUACUUGAUGCUCUUGAUGAAUGUGGUUAUUCAGAAAGAGAUGACCUUGCUAAUUUGCUUGCUAAUCACUUACACAAACUUCCACUUUGUUUUCGAUUUGUAAUUACAACCCGACCUAACGAAGCUGCUUUGAAUAAGUUCGAAAAAUUAAAUCCACUGUUCAUUAAUUGUAGCGAUGAUCGCAAUUUAGAGGAUAUUAAAUUUUUGAUUGAAAAAAGAAUUGGCUCUACCGACAGCCUUUCUAAUUUUAAAGAUAUUUUGGCAGAAAAAGCUGACGGACUUAUGUUGCUUGCAUCACUUCUUAGCAGCGAAGUCAAAAAUCAGGAUUUGUUGAAAGGUUCCAUACCAAAAGAUCUCAAUGAAUAUUACAAAAUUUGCUUAACAAGAUUAAGUAAGGAAUUAGAUAUCAGUAACGAAAAGUUUCAGUCAAUUUUAAAUACUUUGGCUGUUGCUAAAGAACCUCUUCCUUGGGAAAUGAUCGAUGACGUCCUUUGUUUGAAUUCAAAUUACAUAUCACUUCAGGUUAGAGAGAUUAUCUCUUGUCUGUUUGUUACCAAUGAAGAAGGAUGUGUUUCGUUUUUUCACAAAUCUUUAAAUGAUUGGUUGUUGGAUGAUCGAAAACAUAUUUACUCAGUAAAAACCUCUUGUGGUCAUCGACUUGUUUUAGAAUUUUGUUUAAAAUCUUUGGAUAACCUCAAAGCUGAAGGUGUAAACUAUGACAUCAUUAAACAUGCUUCAGUGAGGUAUUCAGUCAAGUAUUGGUUGCUUCAUUUACUUGAUAUUUCUGAUAAUGAAUGUAUCGUUGAAAAUGUUGGUAAAUAUCUUGUUGACUUGGAAGUUUUAAUUGCUUCUGUGUUGGUUGAUUGUCGUCGGACUUUUGAAAAUUUUGAAUUAUUCAACGCACAUGGUGUGUACUUUCGUAUUUCUGAGGACAUUCGAUUUAAAUUUUUGCAAUACGUUGCCAACGAAGUCAAAGAUCUGUCGUCUCAAGCUACCACAAUGCUUCAAACACUUUUCAAAGACUCACCAUAUCUAGAGUACAGAGACACGGGUUUUGUAAAGGCUCGAUUAUUACGUUUAAAUGAAUAUUGGUUGAAGUCUGUUGAUGUUUCACGAAAUCAUGAUUACGUCGUCUGUGGUUAUGAAUUCGUCGUGCAACUUUUUUCAUUGAGAACAAACAGAUGUUUAUGGAUAAAAAAUAUUGCUGGUCAGUUUAAGCAAUUUAAAGAGAGAGAAUUUUGCGUUGUCUUUCAUCCAUUCAAAGAUUUGAUUUUUGCUUCCCAGCUUAAUAAGAUACUAGAUAUUAAUGGUAAAAUUUCCUCCAGUCCGUUCCAUUGUGAUGAUUCUACUUCUAAGUUCUUUACCAACAAAUGUUUUUCUAAGGAUAAGUACACAAUGGUCACUUGUUACAAAGAUACUUUGACUGUAUGGGACGUUGAGAAAGGUGAGAAGAAACGCAGUAUUAGAUGUAAUAAUGUGGUGACCUCACUGUGUUUUUCUAAUUCUGGAAGAUAUUUGUGUGUUAUUGAGAAAGAAAGAGGGGUUCAAAUAUUUGAUGUAGCGAAUAAUUAUGAAACAUUCGUUUACGACGAUCAUUUACCGUCUGGUUUUUUAAGUGCGUUGUUCACUGUUGGUCUUCAUUCUUGGUAUUGUUGCCAUUCUUUUUUUAGGAGUAAACAUUUCAUUGUAAAUCCCACUGGUGAGACACUUUCUCACUUGAAUCCUGAUCUGCACUUUUUGAAUCCUCUCGAUCCUUUCGAUGACAACAGAUCUAGCUUUUCCUUUGAUGGAGGAGAUACGUAUUACUUUAUUUUGAAUAACGACAAUGUUCUUUUGUUUCUAUACGGAUAUGACUAUUAUCUUUAUUCAAUACCGCGUGCAUGUUUAAUUAACAGUUACAGUUUUCUCAACGAGAAAUUUUGCUCAAAUGGAAUAUUUCUGUAUCGGAGCAAUGAAGAAAAUUCAAGGAUAUGUCUAUACAAUCUCAACACAUUUGACUUUGAUGUCCAGGAAUGUUUUUUUAAUCACAUGGUUGCUGUAGAAAAUGGAGUUAUUUUGCUUACGGCAAAAAAUAUUCCUGAGCUUUGGAAUAAUGAUUUGACAAAACUUGUUUAUAGUUUCGAUGAACUAAAAGGUACAAACAAAAUUUUGAGCUCUAAGUAUCACGUGUUUGCUAAAGUUGAAUUUAAGGAUCAGAUAAUUUACUGUGUGUGGCAUGAAGACAAACUUGUUAAUGGUUGGGAUGACGUAAUUAAGGAGAAAAUCGCCAAAGACAUUGGAAAUAACUUCCGUGAUAUUACUCGCUGUAUAACUUACGCUGCUUUUUCACCUUCAGCAGAUAAAUUAUUAAUAAGUUACAUGCAUGUAUGUGAAAGUAUUUGA